AUGAUAAUUUAUUUUCUUCAUCUCAUUUUCCAAUAACAAUUUCCAAAUCAUAAAUUAUAAACCCAUUAAGCUAUUGAAUAUAUUACAAACACUAUUGAACCAUAGCUAAAUUAAGUAGUAGUUCCAUUAUUAAUUCUUAACCUAUUAAAAAAGAAUAACCUCAAUAACAACAACCAUAAUAAUAAGAAGAUUUUGAUGAACAUAAAUCUUAAUUCCUUAAUAAUGAUAAUGAAAGUUUUCUUUAAGCUCCAUCUAUGUUUAAUUAAGGAUUCUUUGAUACUAAAUAAAGACCUGCUCCUAGAGCAUAAUCUAUACCUGCUCCUGAAACUGAAAAAUCUAAACCACCUUUCAUUCUCUGUUGAUUAAAAAGGAAAAAAGAAAUUUCAUAUUAAAAUUGAUACUGAUGCAAUCAAUGCACUUUAUAACUUUGGAGGAGAAUAAGAAAAAAAAAUGGAUUGUAUUUAUUCAAUUCUAUAUUAGUGAUCAUGAAGCAUUCAAUAAAGAAAUUAAUAAAUUAGUUAAAGCAUGUCAUAUGUAUAUGUAAGGUUAUAGAGAACCUGAAGAACCAUAUAUUGAAUCUCCAAAAUAAUAAUAAUAAUAAUAAUAAUAAUAAUAAUAAUAAUAAUAAUAAUAAUAAUAAUAACCCGUUGCUAAAUAACCCUUAAUGUCAACAAAAACAGUUAAGCAUAAAAAUAAUAAUUUCAAUAAGAAUGUAUUUGUAUAUAUUAAAUUAUAGUAACAUAAAUUAAAGAAGUUUCAUCAUCUUCAAUGUCUAUUUAAUAAGUGGAAUAGGUUCCAACAAAAAAUUUUAAUUAUUUGCUUCUCUAUCAAUUAACUUAUGGGUUGGAUGAUUGAUAAGAUUAAAGUUGGUGUAAAUCAAUCUUUAAUGAUUAAAGAAAGAUAUUAAAUAAAAAAUGAAGGCAUUAUUAAUGCUAUAAUGAAGAUUGUUUCUUUUUCCUUAGAAGAUAAUCUAAAAGCUUAAACUUUAUAAGAUUUACUAUGUUUUUGUAAAUAUCAUUAAGGCAAUUCUAUCCUAAUUUUAGGUUAGGCAGCUUCUCAAAAUGAACUUUUAAAAGUAUUAUUAAUUUAGGGAGAAUAAAACUUAGUAUAUAAUAUUAUUAUUAUUUAGAUAUAUGAAAUUGGAUGCAGAUUGCAUUCAACAUUUAUUAUCUAAGCGUGAAAAUCUGAAUUUACAGGUGCAAAUUAUCUAUAAGUUAUUAAAAUGGGGUGUUGAUUGUAAUUAGAAAUUGGUUGAAAUUCAAAUGAAUGCAUUAUUGAUUAACUCUAGUAUAUUAUUAAUAAAAUUAUUAUCAUAGUGAAUAGUGUAAGAAUAUUGAGACAGAUUGUCAAUUAUGGAAGAACAUAAUUCAAAUGGGAUUGUAUUUAAUAGAACUAAAAUAAAAUUAUCCUUAAUUGAUAUAGAAAUUUAAUAAGUUCUAUGAUUUAAUUAAUGAAGAUUAUUUGAUUAAUGGAAGUGUAGAAGGUAUUAAAUAUUUAUUAAUAAAUUUAAGAGUAAAUGUCUAAGAUAACCAAAUGUUUCAAUUGUCUAGAUUUGGCAUAAAAAGUCUAAUGUUUCUUUAAUACCAAGAUCUAAAAUUAUUAAAUUUAUGAGAUCAUAUUAGAAAGCAAUGAUUAGAAGAAUUUACAAUAAUUGUUUAUAACUUAUGCACUGACAUUAGAGAUUGGUUAAUAUGAAAUUACAUAUGGUUUAACUUAUAUAUUAUCUAAGUUGAGGAAAUAUGAGAAUUUCAAAGAGAUGAUUAAAUUUAUAUGCUUAAUUAUUUAUGUUUCUAAGAAGAGGAAUCAUUAAUCUUUAUUGAAAAAGUUGAUGACAAAAUUAUAUUAAGAUUUUGAAAUAUUAUUAGAGAAUCUUUUAGCUGAAUCUUUCGAAGAUGAUUCAAUAUUAGAUGAAUUAAGCUAUUAGAUUAGCAACAAUAAUGCUUUGAAAUAAGAUAUAUAAAUAAAAGCUAAUAUACCUUAGUAAUGGUCUAUGGAAUCUAUAAUAUCUCCUAAGAAAGUUACAAGAGAUGUAUAAUAAUUGGAGAAAAUAAAUAUAUAGAAAUUGAGGAACGUAAAAUAUAAUAGAUUUACAAGGAAAGUGAGAAGGAAAGAAUUGGAAAAAACAAAUAUCAUAAAUCAUUAAAUUCUUUAUUUUUAAAUGAUGGUUGGCUUUCUUAAGGUUAAGGAUGUAUUUAAAGAAAUAUUUUAGUUUAAGAUAUAAUUUAAGAAGAAUUAGUGUAAAGUAAGUACUUUAAAAUAAAAAUAUCAAAAAUGAUUACAAAAUGUUUUACAAGACCAUAUAUAAAAAGUAUUCCUAUAAUUCUGAAAUAUUAAGAAAUAAACCAGUAUAUUAAACACCAUAAACUGCUCCAAUAAUAUUAGAUCAUGAGAUUGAUAAAUUUGAAUAACUUUAUGGAUAGAGACAAAGAAUGCUGUUAAGACAAUUGCAAAUUAAAAGAAUUAAAUAGUAGAUAAUAUUAAAUUUUUUGGAGAAAACAAAUUUAGAGGAAAGAAGGUUUUUGUUAUAAAUGGUCUUUAUAUUUAUUAUGCUUUUUUAAGUUUAACAAAUACACAUAUUUUAUUACAAUAUGAAUAUUUAAAAAGUGAAUGAUCUCAUGUUGCUUUAGGAGUGUUUUAAUUAAAAGAAGAUUAAAGAUUAAUUAAGAAAUUUCCAAUUUAUAAUUUUGUUUUGGUGAUAAAGAAGAAAUACUUAUAAAAGAAGACAGCUUUAGAUAUAUUUUUUAUAGAUGGGUAAUAAUAUUAUUUAAUGUAUAGGAAAUCAUUGUUUAUUAAUGUAUCUGAUUAAAAUGAUUUAAUAUCCUGUAUUUCCAUGUGUAAUAUGUGA